AACAAAAGCCUUCAAACGAACAUUAUUCCUUUCUCAUCCAUCCAUGGCGAUGAAUUGCGAAACGAGGUCCCUCAGUUCGCUCGAGCUUCUACUCGCGAAGCUCCAGCAGUCGUCGGACGAGCAAUACGACGACGGCCCUCCCGCGCUGCCGCCGCGGCCGGUGGUGAGAGCCCGGCGGCCGCGAACCCCGAAGAGGCCUCGUCCCUUUCACCUCCAGGGAAAUUACACCGGUUGCCGAGAUCUGGACGACGGAGAGAUCGACGAUUUGUUUGGAAGCAGGGGAAUUGCAGAGGGGGAUUUGCUUGAUUCCGAUCUGCCGGAGAAGAUAAGUGACAAUGAGAAAGAAGUUGAGAUACAAAAAGGGGUAGAGAUAAUCCAGAGAUGUUACCAUGGCCAUCAAGCCCGCCUUUACUAUCAUGAACUCAAGAGAGCAGCCAUUGCACUUCAAUCAUUUGUACGAGGUGAGAAUGCAAGAAAAGAUUACCAACAGGCUGUUACAAGGAAGGAAGAAGAUGACAAGAGAUUAGAGAAGCUAAGAGCUAUCAUAUGUCUCCAAUCUGGAAUUCGGGGUUGGUUGACACGAAGGCAAUUCGAAAAGGAAAUGACGAGUCACAUGAAUUCAAGACACACCACAAGUCAUGGCUCGAAGGAUGAAGACACUAAGAUGUUAGUCGAUCUUCGGAGGAGACUGCAAAUAUCGGAAACUGCUUUGGCAAGAGCGAAUGACGAAAAUGCUUCACUCAAGAGAUACAUUUCAGACUGUGAUAAGAGAUUGGAGGAGUAUGAAUCAAAGAUGCAGUCCCUCGAAAAGACAUGGCAAGAUCAAGUCACAACUCUAAAGACAAGUCUAGCAGCAAUCAAGAGAAGCCAAAUAGUUGCAGACAAUGGAUCACCAAGAAUUGCAACUUCUAGCGUUGCGCACUACGAUGGAGAACUGCUAGCGAACGUCGGCACGACCGAUGGCCCGAGCCAAGAAAAUGUCGGGGCGGGCAAAGGGGACCCACAGAAACUGAAGCUGAGGUUUAAAGCUUGGAAUAAAGAGUACAAAACCAGGUUGCAGGGGGUAAAAUCUGCACUGAAGCACCUUAGAUAUGGCUGUUGUUCCGGCGGCGGCGGCCGCCGCCGCGCUUGAGAAGUCGCAGCUUGAAGCAUUGCCUCAGGAUAUUCUGAUUAGAAUAGUUUGUGGUGUUGAUCAUGAAGAUUUGAUCUCUCUGUUUCGCGUAUCAAAGACCAUUCAAGAAGCUGCUGCGAUUGCUAGGCAAUUGCAUUUUGAAUAUUGUACGCCAAAAAAGACAAUGGUGUUUC